CGGAAUAGCAACAACAAAUUGUUACUUGUUGCACGUCGCGAUCUCUUUUCAUCCCGACCGAUCGAGCUCGGGUUGUCGAUCGUGGGGCCGUCAUCGUUUAAUCGUCACCGGGAGGAUCAGCGUCUUGACGUUCUUGAUGACGACGCAUCGUCGAGAAAGAGAAGGCGACAGAAAGAGAGAGAGAGCGAGAGAGAAGGAGAAAGCGCCGGAGCAGACGGACGGACGCUUGGAAGGCGACGACGCGCCCCUUGACAUAGGCCAUCUUGCGCGGCGUCGAGAUUGAUGAAAGGGCCUGUUCCUUCAGGGGCAGAUGCUCGCUGGUUAUCUCUCCCCUUUCGCAGGUAUCUCCGCAGGUCCUCGUAAUCCGGAACGGAAGCGACCGAGUGCAGUGUGACCGAAAUCGGAAAGUCGGUGAGCGUGCGAAAGUUGGUGGCUCGUCGAGGAGGAAAAGGAUCUCUCUCGCGAUCGCGAGUAAGGAAGGAGCGUCAGAUUUUCCCGCCGUGCUCCUGAAAUCGUCAACAAGAGGAGCGAUGGAGAAGAUUGAAAUUGUGAAGAUAGAGGAAUGUCCUAACGAUGUACUGAUUGAGGGUACAGAGAUUUUAUUUGAAACAAAUACCUCAGAUAUACAGAUACAGGAUCAGCGUAUACUAGUAGAUUGUAGGCCACAAACUGAUGUAAAAGUUAUUUCAGAAAAUGGUCAGAUUAUAUCAAUUAUAACUGAUUAUGAGUGUGUGACAUGUCACCGUGUCUUUCAAUCUGAAGAUAUGUUGAAGGAGCAUUUAGACAUGUGCAGAGAGGAGGAUGACACGACUAAUAUCAUGGAGUUCAAUGAUAUUGAAAAUUAUGAUUCGGAUGAUGAAGAAGAAGAGGAUGAAGAAGAUGAGGAUGAUCCUUUAAAUGAUGAUUCAGAUUCCAAGAGUCAAAAAAAUAACAAUGAAAAGAUGCAACCUGUAAUCAAACCUGUACCAGAAACACAGUGUCAUUGUUGUGCAGAAGAUUUGAAGACAGCGCAUAGCGGCGGAGAAUUUAAAUGUCCUCAUUGUAAUCUCAGUUUCAAGAAAAAGUCGUCUCUGGAGAGGCAUGAUAUAGUCAUACACUGGAAGUGCGAUUCAUGCACGUGCAAUGAAUGUGGUUCAUCUUUCCGUGAUAAAAAAGCAUUAAAUAAACAUCGUUAUACGACGCAUGGAGAUCAUAAAAUUUUUAAAUGUGAACCUUGCGACACUUAUUUUUCUCGGAGCUACCAUUUAAAUCGACACAUUAUGCAAUCCGGUUGUCACGGUAACAUAUUAAAUACAUUCAGUUGCCAAGUUUGCAAAAAAGUUUUCACACGUAAGGAUAAUUUGCGGGAACACUUGCGUACUCACGCGGGAACACCUCAGCGGCAGAAAAAACCAUGUAAAUAUUGUCCAAAAGAAUUCUUUACGAGCCAACAGUUGUUGGUUCAUGAACGUAUGCACACAGGAGAGCGACCAGUUCCAUGUGAUUUAUGUCCGAAAACAUUCCUGUCGUCGCUGGCGCUAAAAAAGCAUCGUCGUGUACAUACUGGAGAGAAGCCAUUCGAAUGUAAAUUCUGUCAUAGAAAAUUUGCCGCUCGCGAAACACUCAACCGUCAUCAACGGACUCAUACAGGCGAAAAGCCACAUGUGUGUCAGUAUUGUGGUAAAUCGUUCAUACAAGCAGCUCAAUUAAGAGCACACAUAUUCCACCAUACUGGAGAGAAUGGUUUCUAUUGCGAUGUAUGCGGUAAGGCGUUCAACCGAAAAGCACGUUUAAAUAUUCACAAGAAAUUCGUGCACGAGGGUGCCAUCCCCUUUACAUGUAAAGUUUGCGAUAAGGGCUUCACGCGAAAGGAGGAUUUGGUGAAACAUGCGCUGUUGCACACUGGCAUCAAACCAUUCAAGUGCGAUAAAUGUCCGAAAGCCUUCUCGGCAAAGUCGUCGUUGCAGGCUCAUCUCAAUACCCAUAGACGCGAGCCACCGCAAUCGUGCGUCGAAUGCAAUAGAGUAUUCAUCCGACAAGAUUGUCUGAUGCGACAUAUUCGGGCCAAGCAUCGAGAAUUAUUGGAGGAUGUGAUGAACGAGGUCGAGAAAAAGCAUCUGCAGACACAAUUAUACAAUAUUGCUUCGAUUGCCGCAACCAAGACGAAAAACGGAGAAUCCAGAAGACUUUCUACUGAUGAGUUGUUGAAAGCCAUCAUAGAUCUCUUGAGGAUACUUAUUGACGAGGAAACAUUACAGCUAUUUGGUUGGCCAGAAGCUCCGAUACAAGAUAUUCUAGAAGCUGUAAUUAGAAGGUGUGGGCACGAGCCGAUAACGUCGGAGUCUAACGUAAUGUUCACCGAAAGACUACGACAAAAUGUUAAGCUUCUGUUUACUGUCGUUAGUGACACAGUGAAAGAUGACACGGUGAAAUCUCUUUUAACGACAAAAACAGUGGAUGAUGUCAUUCUCCAUGUUUUAGAGAUAUCUAACGGAAUACAGGAUUAGGAAAAAGUAUAUUUGUUAUUAUUAUAUGAAAAGUGCUUAUUUUUCUUUAAACUCUAAAUAUUUUAAGAUAAUUCCAAAACUCGCAAGAUUUAAAAAA